UUUAAACUAAAAAAAGUGUGAAUCCUCGUGUGUCUCUCUGUUUUGGAGCUUGUAGUUGAUUGUGGUAUGUAUAGUUUUCGCAUAGACACGGGGUUGUCAAUCUCCACAGGUGUCAUUGUCCGGAAAUCAUAUAAUCCAGGGUUUCAGCAGAGUCGUUUCCAGAAUGUAUAAGAACAGGAAUAAGAUGCACAAAUCCAAACAGUCUCAUCACUCAAACAACCCAGAGGACGAAGACAUAGAAACUGUGUCAGUCAGUUCUAGUUAUGUGGACAUUCAUGGCAGACCAUUGGAGGUGGUUGAGAAUGACUUCGGGGAAAUUUAUAUCCCACUCAAAGAGAUAAGAGCCACUGGCUUCACAAUUUUUCGUCGCGAAAACUUCCACCCUUUCUUGCUUGAUAAAGAAAAAAUCAUUAAUGAGUUCAACAUGCAUAUGUUGGGCAGGGCACGCGAGUAUUUGCUCAACGUAAAAGUACAGAUAGAUAGACAGGAGGUACUUAAAACUAUUAAAAGAUGUGAGGAAGAACUGCUGGGUACUUCCAUACCAAAUAGAAACCAGACAAAUAGCUGCGCCCCACCCGUCGUGCCAAAUGUGCAGAAGUCCCCAGGCAGAUUUACAUAUAACAUAAAGCAUGAAAACUACCAGCAGCAACACAAACCAAGCAAAACAUUCGCUGACCGCACUAACGACAAUUCACUCCAUCAUCCAAGACCUCCAAAGCCAUUAAGCACAGGUUUCGAACAGAACCCAAAAAGCCAAAUGCAUGAUGACACGCUCAAUGGACAAACUAACAAUAUAAACAAGCCAAAAUUGUUGAAUAAUUCAAUUAAAAGUGAUUCUUCUAAUGUUGAGAAGUUUUUUAUCAAUAUGUUCAUGCCGCAAACCGAACUGGGCCUAAUGCAGACUGAAAAAGUGAAAAUUGUUCAUGUUGAGAAUAAAGGAAAAGGUGCAUGGGGUAUUCCUAUCAAAAAUAAACAUAUUGAAGAGAAGCUUUACUUUGACUUGAAUGAAUUGCCAGAUAGAAUGCCUGACAUUAAAAAUCCCACCAUAGGAACUUUGGCCAUGGCUCCAUUCGAGAAUGUUUGGUGUAGAGUCUUAGUGUGCAACACCAAUGUACUGACUGUACAGUUCGUUGACUACGGUAACAUCAGUCGUGUUGCGUGCGUGAAGAAGUUGCCAAAUGGCUAUGAUUUAAUACCGGCUCAGGCCAAUAGAUUUGUUUUACAUACUGACACUCAGCACAACUGGAGCAUGGAUGAGAUCUUGACAAUCACCCCUAAGAAACGAUAUGAGGAUGGCACUUAUGUUGUAUUAAUACAACCAAAUACAUCUUCGCCAACAGCAGCAGGAAGCCCCAUUAAAAAUAAACCUCAUAUUCAAAUGGAAGAUGUUAAAGUAGAGGAAAAGGUAGUGACCCCAGUGGAAGAUGUAGAGGAAAAAGUAAUGACUCCAGUGGAAGAUGAGGAAAUAAACAACAAAAUAGAGCAUCCAGUAGAAGUGGAGAAGUCGUAUAUGGAUAUUCCCGCGGUUUUGACCAAUGUAGCUGCUCGAACUAAGGUCCAACUUGUCGAAUACGUUGGAAAUGAGCUCUACAUGAGAACCAAGGAAGGAGCAGAAAGAUUUAAAAACAUUACCAAUUAUAUAAAGGAUAAUAUAACAGAUGAAUCACCUGAAAACUUCCAGAUUGGUCAAAUGGUGAUUGCACCAAGGGAAAUAGGUUCGUCAAUAAUGUUACGUGCUGAAUUAAAAAAUAUUAUUGGUACCACAUUUCACGUUAAAUUUAUCGACAUCGUUGGUGAAGUUGAGAUUCCCAAAAUAUAUGUGAGAAAUGUGGAUUCAUUUUUGGCAGAACAGGGUAGCACACUUAUUAAAAAGGAAUUUAAGAACCUUGCCAAAUAUUUAAAUGACAAAGAGAUAGUAGAAUUCUUGGACAAAUUGCUUUUUGAAAAGGUAAAGUUUGUUGUAUUCUUGGAUAAUGGUUUUGACUUGGCAACGGAGAACGGUGAAAUGUUGUCAGAUGUUCUGAACACAAUGUAUAAUGAUAAUAUUAUAAAGGUGGCCAAGAAACAAGCUGCCCAGACAGUGCCAAUGACAUUAGCUGAGGAAAAGAUAUUCAAAAAAAUGACUGAAAACAUUUCUCUUGUUAAGAAAGUUCCCCAGCAAUCGUCACGCGUGUUUUUCAGUAGUAUGGAUUCUGUAAAGUUGAAAUUGGGCAUAAAUGACUGCUUUUGCUACUCAUAUACGCCUCCAAAUCAGAUAACACUUUUGUCUUUGGAAGAUCAAGAAGUUGAGUGGCUGACUACUGUUGGCAGUGUAACUGUUAAUGAUAAUGAGCCUUAUAUGGCAUUAGAAGGGGAAAUGUGUCUAGCUCUUUUCAAAGAUCCAGAUGAUUCAGAAGUUUCAUGGUACCGUGGAUUGGUCAUGGAGAUAAGUGAUGAAGGGUAUGACAUCUUGUUCGUUGACUUUGGCAAUUCUGCCAUCGUCCCGGCGGAUAAAAUUCGGAGCUUCCCCAAAUAUUUACAAGAAAUUCCAAUUCUUGGCGUACUUUGCGAGAUACAAGACAUUCCAAACAAUCCUGUGAUUGUAAAUAGACUGACUGAAUUGCUUGCCGAUAGCGAGAGAAUCAUUGUUGAUGUAAAAGGAAGUGAUAGCGACAAGGUACAGAUCGUCAUUCCAGACAUAAUGAAGAAGUUGCGUAAUGAAGGGCUUUUAAAUUAAGUUUUUACAGUGUUGUAACGAAAGUCGAUUUUAAUUUAGUUGAAUAUAUUCAUGACUGAUCACAUGUUAUGUGCUUUGUUUUAUGACGUAAUUCAAACGCAUUAGUUCAUUUUGUGCUACAAAAUGGUACUUUAUUUUAUGGUGCUGCUUGCGUUUAUUUUGUGAUAUAAAUUUAUAAAAUUAUUAAAAUAUAUUUUUUAUAGAAAGUA